AUCCCCUUCCUCCCCUGGCGCUGCCCUCAGCAACACAAAGAGGUCCCGUCCGAAACCCGCGUUCUCGACAUCGCCAGAGCUUCAUUUCCGAGCGUUCUGCCUGUGCUCAGUUCUCUCGAAGAUCCAGCCAUGCCGUGCACUCGGUGCUUUCGUGCUGGUUCAGGUAUGUCUUGUCGUAUGGCGGCGGACUCCAACCGUUGCGAGCGGUGUAUCCGUGACAAGAAGCAGUGCGAUGGCGUUGCUGUUGCUUCUUCGCUGUCUCGUGUUCUCCAGACUCAGCGUGAGUUGGAGAAGGACGAAGAUGCGGCGGAGGAAGAAAUUUUCGCUCUCCAGGAGGAGAUGAACCGCCUCCAACAGAAUCUGGGUUUAUCGUUGGCCCGUCUUCGCCGUAUCCGGACCCUGAAAAGGAACGCGGAGUCCCGUGGCAAAGAGCUAUUUCAGCGGGGGAUGAUAGAGCUGGAUCGUGAGGACGGGAUUCUCCCCGCACUCGACGCCCACGAGCUGGAGCUGACUUCCGAGUUGGUGUCGAUGGAGGUCCCUCCUGAUCUUGACUAGUCGACUGCCGGGGUCGAUCCUUUCGUUGAAAUUCCUUCAGCAUCUGCUGACAUCCCUUCAAGCUUGCCAUAGGUGUAACUGCGCUGCCGUUUGCUGCCAAGCGCACUACGACAACGGUAACGAUAGUCAAUAGCCGUCCAAGCAACAGAAGCAGCAUAGUUAACGCUACCUAUCUUGCCGAGCAGCAGCGGCUCCGACGUCCGAUGU